GUCGCUGUGGUCCUCUGGGAAGAUCAACCCGCAGAGCAUCAUCGCAGGCCACAACUCCAAGGAUGGAACCGCCGCCUUCUACGGCGUGGCGCCCACGCUGGGGCUGGUUCCCGGAGACAAGAACCAGAGUGAGCCCGGAGACUACGAGGCGGCGAUCCAAAAGGUUUGGGGAAGCCUGGCGCCGAAGGUGCUGGAGCAGUAUCCCCUCUCUCGCUUCUCAGGGAGUCCGCAAAAGGCGUUUCUGCAAGUCGAUGCCGACUCGAUGGUCAUCUGUCCGGCCUACCAGCUGCUCCAAUAUGCGCAGGAUUUCGUGGACACCUGGUCCUACGAGUUCGCGCACUACAUUCCCUCCCGGCUGCGCGCCGAUGGCUUUGGCUGCUCGAACGGCCCGGAGUUGGAUGUGACACCGGCGCAGCAGUCCGAGUACACGAAGCUUUUCGCCAUGCAUGGGGACGAAGUCAAGUUUGUCUUCGGAAACCAGGUGGGUCCGGACGGGCUGGGUCCUCCGAACAACAGGACCAUUUGCACUUUUGACAGUGGCGAGCUCCUGUUGAGCCAGCAAAUGCGAGCACAUUGGGCGGCUUUCGCUACCAGUGGUCGGCCGUUGGUUUCCUGGCCGCGAUACAGCGGAACUCUCGCUGAUGCGGGCACGCUGGUCUUCUCGGAUCCUGCGGUGGAUGGCAUCGGAAUCGCCCCGGAGGGUGGCAUGCACGCCGCGGACUGCGACUUCUGGCAGAAGCUUUGGGCGGCCCCCCAGGAGUCUGAGCUGACCUUCGUCUAG